AACUCGCACAGCUGCCUCGCCUUGGGGCUGGCCCGUGGCGAGGCGGGGUUGGGAGGGCCAAGGGUCCCACGUGGCUGCCGGACCUAACUCGCCCGGGCCCCGCCCGGAGGCCAAGGCGCGAACUCUAAAGGCGGCUGGCGAGAGGCGUGGGGUCAGGCCGGCGCGCCAUGCUCGGCGCCGGGAACGUGCAGCGCCCUCCGGCUGCGGGCUAACUCCGGCCAGCUGGCUUCAGCUUUCUCGCUCGUUCACCCCCGACCGCCGUCGCCCUGCACGCCUAGCUGCCGUCGGGGAGGAUGAGUCCCUGGAGCUGGUUCCUAUUGCCGACCCUCUGCCUCCUCCCCACCGACGCUGUCCCGCGGCGCGAGGCUCCCACCUCUGCCAACUGCAAGCUCAAGCCCCAACAAAGCCAUUUUAAUUCCUUCCUAUGGACCAUCAAGCGGGACCCUCCAUCUUACUUCUUUGGAACCAUUCACGUCCCGUACACCCGGGUGUGGGACUUCAUCCCGGACCACUCCAAAGAGGCCUUUCAGCGGAGCAGCGCUGUGUACUUGGAGCUGGACCUCACGGACCCCGACACCCUCUCGGCCCUCGCCAGCUGCCAGAUGCUGCCCCAGGGGGGGCACCUGCAGGAUGUACUCCCUAGCCACAUCUACCACCGCCUCAAGCGCCACCUGGAGUACGUCAAGCUCAUGCUGCCCUCCUGGAUGACCCCAGACCAGCGCGGCCAGGGCCUCUACGCCGACUACCUCUUCAAUGCCAUCGCGGGGAACUGGGAACGCAAGCGGCCCGUCUGGGUCAUGCUUAUGGUCAACUCCCUGACCGAAGUGGAUAUUAAGUCCCGUGGGGCGCCCGUCCUAGACCUGUUCCUUGCCCAGGAGGCCGAGCGGCUGAGGAAGCCGACGGGGGCAGUGGAGAAGGUGGAGGAGCAGUGCCAUCCGUUUAACAGGCUGAACUUCUCACAGGUGAUCUUUGCUUUGAACCAGACCCUGCUGCAGCAAGAAAGCAUGCGAGCUGGCAGUCUGCAGAUCCCCUACACGACGGAGGAUCUCAUCGAACACUAUAACUGCGGAGACCUCAGUUCGGUCAUCUUCAGUCAUGGCAGCUCCCAGGUUCCCAAUUUUAUCAAUGCCACGCUCCGGCCUCAGGAGCGCAUCACUGCCCAGGAGAUCGACAGCUACUUCCGCAGAGAGCUGAUCUACAAGCGCAAUGAGAGGAUGGGGAAGCGGGUCAUGGCCCUUUUGGAGCAGUUCCCUGACAAAGGCUUUUUCUUUGCCUUUGGAGCUGGUCAUUUCCUGGGCAACCACAGCGUGCUGGAUGUUUUGCGGCGUGAAGGCUAUGAGGUAGAACACGCCCCUGCUGGACGACCCCUCAACAAAGAGAAGAGUAAAAAGCCCUCAUCUCUGCCAGCCCCGUCUUCCCUCAUUGCUCCAGAAGUGCUUACCCCAGAAGCUCUGGCACCGGAAGCUGGGGUUGCAGCCCGGGCACCUUUGCCAUUCCAUGUGUCCCCACCGGCAAAGGUAGGACUACCUGGUGAGGAAGAGCACAGGUUCCAGAAGAAGCGGAGGUGGCCGCCCCGGAAACAGCCACAGCGACAAUUCAGUGACCUGUGGGUGCGCCUGGAGGAGAGUACUGCCAUCCCAGUGCUGGACAAGCACGUCUCCACUGAGCUGCAGCUGCCUCCCCAUAGCCCGAUGGUGGCCAGCAGUGCCCGUCUGUCCCUGUGCACACCUGCGCUCUGGGUGUGGGUGCUGGCCUUUCCGACAGAGACACGCUUGUUCUGAUGGAGGACCGAGGGACUGGACGGGAGCUUCACCACUCAGACAGAGGGCUGGCCACUCCUGGAUGCGACCCUCAGCUCUCACCCCGAGAGGCCCAAUUCUGGGGAAGAAGUUUCUGAAGAAGAAAACCCAGUGGUGGUGCUUCUCCUUUUAAGGAAUGACUUUGGGCUACCCAGCAAUGUUGGGGAUGAGGUGUACAGCUUUAUAACAUUAAUGAGUUGUAUAAAAGUAAUUGUAAA